CCAAUCCUCGAGAUAACUUCUUACGACCGGUUUACGCCUCCCUCUCCCACCCCAGAUGUUGAGUACGACUGCCGGGUAACGCACAACCCGUCGGCUCAAGUGCGGAAAACAUGCACGGGGCUGGACGCGAUGUUGCAAGAAGAGCUCAUGAGCCGAAGCUCCUUUAGCGAUCUUGUGUCGCGGGCCGAAGGCGAUAUUCGGCGACUAAUGGAAGUCAAGGAUGUGCGGGCGAGUCGGGAGGGCGAGAGGGCGAUUGUGCGGGUGGGAUGUUUGUGCGGGAGCGGACAUCAUCGCAGUGUGGCGUUUGCGGAGAGGCUGGGCAAGGUGCGGUGGUGUGAGCAGGGCGAGUGGGAGGUGAGGGUUAAGCAUCGGGAUUUGACGGUGGGGGUGGAGGAGAUGAAGAGGGUGAGGAGCGAGAAGAGGAGACGGGGA